AUGUCUAUCCAUUUCAUACUUGUACUUAAUCGACAGGGAAAGUGCCGUUUAGUCAAAUGGUUUGAUAACACAUAUACUCCACAACAGAAACAACAAUACAUAUCAGAUAUACAUCGAUUAAUAAGUAGUCGAGAUUCAAAACAUCAAUCUAAUUUUGUCGAAUUCCAACAACAGAAAUUGGUUUAUAGAAGAUAUGCUGGAUUAUAUUUCAUAUCUUCUAUUGAUUUAGUUGAUUCAGAAUUGAGCUAUUUAGAAAGUUUACAUUUUUUUGUUGAAAUUUUGGAUGUUUAUUUCAAUAGUGUUUGUGAGGUUGAUCUUGUAUUUAAUUUCUAUAAAUUAUAUUAUAUAUUAGAUGAAAUUUAUCUUGGUGGUGAAAUACAGGAAAUUCUGAAGAAGAAAAUAUUAGAAAGAUUGAAUUUCUUGGAUGAUAUGGAUUAA